AUGAGGCUUACCAAACCCAUGAAUAGAACUGAAGUAGUAUUGAAACCGCCCUCGUCAGACGACGAACUCGAUGUCCGUGACGACAAGGAGCAAGUGAAGGCAUUACGUGACAGAAUAAACCACCCUGUCCUGAUAAAGACAACACAGGAAGAAGUGGAAGAGUCCCUGCGAUUGAUUGACGACUUGAAAUUCUUCUUGACCACUGCACCCGUGAAUUGGCAGGAGAAUCAGAUUAUUAGGAGGUAUUAUUUGAAUAAUGAACUCGGGUUCGUAUCGUGUGUCUUUUGGAAUAAUUUGUAUUAUAUUACCGGAACAGAUAUUGUUAAAUGUGCACUUUAUAGAAUGCAAAAAUUUGGAAGAACAAUAAUACAAAAGAAGAAAUUUGAAGAGGGAAUCUUUUCCGAUUUGAGGAAUUUGAAAUGUGGUAUUGAUGCCACGUUGGAACAACCCAAGUCUGAGUUUUUAUCAUUUUUAUUUAAGAACAUUUGUCUAAAGACUCAGAAAAAGCAAAAGGUCUUCUUUUGGUUCAGUGUUCCUCACGAUAAGUUAUUUGCAGAUGCAUUAGAGAGAGAUUUGAAAAGAGAAUCAACAAACCAGCAAUCAACGACAAAGGCGGUAAACGAUCCAGCAAUAUCUUUCCAUUACGAUUCAGAGUCCGUGAAGAGUCUAUACGAACAACUAAUCGAAUACACUAAUUCACAUAGGUCUAAUACAGGUGGUGGUAUAAAUCAAAUACUUAAAGCUCCGCCCAUGCACACUAGAGGAAUGGGAACGAUGCCGUCGUUAGGUGCAAGGGUACCUUCAAUGCAACAACAAAUUGGAAACGAGAAACGUCCCAGGAAAAAGAACCACAACUUCCCAGUACCACCCCCUCUUGUGCUUGUGGAUAACAACAACAUCAAGAUUGACAGUGAUGUUCAAACGAUACCGGAACCUAUCAACAUGGUAACGAACGAGGUAGAAACUGACUCCCUGUUAGAUUAUGCUCCACAAACAUUGGUUUUAGAUCAAAAUCCUUUGCUCACCAGUGAAGAACACAAUCAUAUUCCUAAUAAUACAGAUAAGAAUACCCAAAAUAUGGAUGAAGAGGAUUUCCCACUAGAUUAUUUCCCCAUCUCUAUCGAAUAUCCCAACCAAGAUGUUGAAAUCUUCGAUCCAUUUGGCAUACCGCCCCCGCUACCUCCUACACAACAACUACGACCUCCACCUACUGCCAUGUCAAUGAACGUACCUCAUUCAGCAACGACUGCGUUAUAUGAUAUAGGGCCUCCUCCAAGUGCAAGGAACGAUGAAGAAUUUAUGUUUCCCACGACGGCUACUAUGAGCAGAUUCCCCUACGCCAUUAAUCCCAUGCAAUUGGGGACACCUUCAUCCAUGGCUUACUCUGCCGCAAUAAAUGGUGGUGCAUAUCCAGUUCCCAUGACCAAUGGAGAAUAUUAUGCGUCUCAAAAUAUGUAUGAUGAGACAGGUGUACCUCCACAAGAGUUGUUAGUGUCCUCUUCUUUUAACACUGAAGAGGAUGAAAAGGAUCCAUCCAAAUCAGCCACGAAUCAAUAUGGUAUGCCCAUGUAUGCUCCUCCUCCUCCACCACCUCCUAUGUCUGCACAAGGUUACAUGAAUUCAUAUCGACAACCACCACAUCCACCACAACCGCCAAUGCCGUAUGGUAAUGGAAUGCCAGAGUACACGGGCCCAUAUUACGAUCCCAUAACAUACGAUAAUAAUAAUAAUCAUAGUAAUACUAAUAACAAUGAUGAAUUUUACCCUCCAACAAACACCACUCAUGAGAAUUAUUACGGAAACGUACCGACCAAUCACAACAAUAUGACCAAAAUCUUCUCACCAAUGGAUAAUACACAACUAGGCUUUAUCUCUACGCAAGCUAUGCAGCCUCCACGAUCUACCACAACACCUACUUUCCUCCGAUCCAGACCAUUCUCCCCCAGUUAUAGAUCUGCGGUCAACACGACGACGCCCAAAUCGUCUCGUUUCUCUCCAUACGGCAUGAAGAAGUUCCCCAUGCAUUUGAACCCACCUCCAUAUGGAUACAAGAGAAUGAACCCUGAGUCGCCGUCGACGACAUCUGGGAAGAUUAAGAAACCACUACACAUCAAAACGAGUUCAUACCAGAAGCAGUACAAGCUGAAUAUGCUCUCCAGACAGCACUCCACCAUACUGGAGGACAAGGACCGCGAGGGAGACAGAGAGGAACAGGACCAAGAUCAAGAUCAAGAACAGGAAGACACUGGAGCUCAUGACGACGACGACGACGACGACGACGAUGAGGACAAUGACGCGAUGGAGAGUUUCCAUAAGGCACUGGAGGGAUGA